AUGGAGGGAAUGAACUAUGCCGCUUAUAAUCGGCAACCCGAGUCUUCCACCCCGCCGUCGUCGCGGCCACCCCAGAUCACCGCAGGCUGCCCAUAUCUCCAGGAGCAGCAGCAUAUGACAUUCGGAAGCCUUCACAAUCCACAUGCCGCCUCGCACUACACCCCUCCUCGUCAUAUUUACGACCCCGUGCAUAAUGCAGGCGCUUCAUGGACGUCGGCGGCACCUCCGCCGUAUCAUCCGGCGUGGUCCACAUUGCCGUUGCCGAAUGGACGCCAGGCCGUUGGAGACCUGAACUUUGGCCCUACAAAUCAAGCAAUCCCGGGCCCGCAGCGACCUUAUCCCAUGGCACCUGCACCCUAUGGCUCGUUCACCCGGGAUUGGGGACAGGAUUAUCCAGCGUUCACCCCGAGAUCAAGAGCCAGUCACCCUUCGCAGCCCACCUCAUUUGGCUCGCCAAAUUCUCUCCCUCUGUCAAACAACCAAACGAGGGAAGACACGUCCCAAGCGACUAGCAUGAACUCCGGCCACCUUCCAGCUACUUCUUGGACAGCCAGUUCGUCUGCACCGCCAGCCGCCGUGUCAUCCAUCCGCUCGACUGCGUCGCCACACGCUGAUGGUGGUUCAGCCUCGCCUGAUGACAGUGAUUCAAGUGAAACGUCUUCAGCAGGUCGCAUGCAUUCACCGCCCAUAGCGAACGGAAGCAAUCCUGCCAUGGAAACCUCUGUAUCAAACAAUGGACCGGUGACUCCCGAAGCCCUGCCUCAGCCUAGAGGCACUCAGACAUCUGCUCAGCCUGGGUUCUCUAAUCCACCACCAACUGGCCCAAGUCGCGAUCGGAGACCUGCCGUGGAAUUCAGGGGACUCCGCGGCGCUCGUUUCAGUAUGUCACGUCUCCACGGGGACGUGGCUGACGAGGCUCUUCGGAACAGCUUGGAAGUGCAACAUCGCUUCUUUGAUGGAUUUUAUUCGUCAGACGGGGCGACUGGGCUGAGAGGAGUCGAGUUGACGGAAGACCGCAUCAGGCAACAUCAGCUGGCUAGAGGAGGCCUGACGGCUCGGCAGAUCGCAUCACCUUCUGCUAUUGCCUCACUAGAGAUCGUUGAUGUCAGUACUUUAGACGAGAACGAGCGGACAACUCCCGAAGGUGUCACUGAGGCUCCUCUACGGCUUCCUAAAUGCAAACAUGUAUUUGGAGACCGCUGCAUCAAGAAGUGGUUCGAGGAGUCAGAUAGUUGUCCGUACUGCCGCCACAAGCUGCCUUCUAUUCAGGUAUUCCGACCAAACAAGAGCAGCACUGGACAUGCGGUGGUCACGCAAAUGAGCUCCGCGCAACAUGAGCUCCUGAACCGAAUUAUGAGCACGGCUAGGAGAGAGGACAGAGAGGACAUAGCUCUUGCUGAGGCCCGUCUGCACCACAACGGGCGGAGGUCGCCUCCUGACGAACUCGGAAAUUCGCGGAGGCGCCUCCGUGCCAGACAUUCCAGUUUCCGAGGCUCCCCUCCCCUGCCAGCGAUGGGCGUGAGGCCCAACUCAUUUGCAGGCUCCAGUUCUGCAUCAACUGCCUCUUCCACGCAGCACAGUCCGGGACGCGAUAGGCACGGCCCCUACCAUGCGCAGAGCAUGGCAUGGAUCCCGCCUUUCCAUGGCCAACUUGGAGCUCAUCGGCGCCUAGGCGCUUACGGCCAGAGCAACCCGUCACCUCGGAAUACGGACCCCUAUGGCGAACGACCUGGCAUGCCUACCAUGCCGGACAGCUACUUCCAUACCUAUUCGUUACCAGGCGAUAUGGGGAGGCCAGGACCGGUACCGCCUAUGAUGGCUACACAGUCGCACGAGAGAGCAGCUGUUCCUCCCGCACUCCCGCCCGUGAUACCCCCAUUGAACAUCGGUCAGCAGCAGCCUCAGGGCAACCAGAUGAUGCACAACUCGCCUCCGAGACAGAGCCAGCCACCGAGCUUCCACCAGCCGGCAAGCUACCCCACCUCAAUGACGCGAUCGACAGUUGCACCCAUACCCGGACUGGACUUUGGACCUAACGAUAACCUCGCUCCUGUUCCCCAAUCGGUACCUGGCGGACAUAAUUGGCAUAUGUAA